AGCGAUAGUGGCGCAAAAAUGGCUGAAGAUAGUAUUCCCGACCUUAGCCGACCCCAGAUGUAUUUAUUUGGUUGUUCACUCAAGGCAGAUAAGAAAGAACACAAAGUCGAAGUGGAUGACGAUGAAGCUGAACACCAGCUGUCACUGAAAGCGGUGUGUCUGGGUGCAGAGGCAGAAGAUAAGUUUCACACCGUGGAGAUUGAAGGGAUGACGUAUGAAGGGAAGUCCACAAAGUUCCCCCUCGUGGUUCUCAAACCAUCUGUGUUACCGUCGGUGAGUUUGGGGGGGUUUGAGGUCACCCUUCCAGUGUGCUUCCGGCUGCAGUCAGGUAGCGGCCCAGUCUACAUCAGUGGCCAGCAUUUUGUCAGUGUAAAAGACUCGGAUGACGAAGAGGAGGAGAACAACACGUCGCCAGUGAAGAGGCCCUCCAAUAUGUUGUCAGGAAAAGCUCCUCCGAAGAAGAAACUGAAAGUUGAUUCUGAUGAAGACGAAGACAGUGAGGAUGACAGUGAGGAUGAGGAUGACGAAGAUGAUGAUGAUGAUGAUGAAGAAGAUGAGAAGCCAGUCAUCAAGGCGAGUUCAAUCAAAUCACCUAAGAAGAGUAAGGCACUACCAGAGAGGAGUCCUAAGAGCGCGCUCAAACAGAACGGGCCUGCAGGGAAAGCCCAGGCGUCUAAGGCAGGGGGAGGAGGCAAAGACAAGACGGGGCCCAGCACAUCCUCUAAGGGCCUCAGUGUGGCCCACGUCAAGAGCAAGCUGACCACUGCCGUCAAAGAGGGCAAAUCCCUCCCAAAGACGGAGCCGAAGUUUGAGAAUUACGCCAAAUCUUGCUUCAGGAUCACAGAUAAGCAAGUGGUGAAAGACCUCUGGAAGUUCUUACAGACGCUGAAACCGGAUAAAAAAUAAUUAUCCGCUGUGCCGCCGUUGCCCUGUCAUUUACUGUAACUGUCCCACCCCGUGCGAUUCUAUGUCCCUCAACGCUCUGCCAAGACCUGGACAGAGGUGUGUGUCCUUACUCAGCAAUGUGUGAUAGGCACACACACCACACCACCACUUCUGACUCUCUCUAGUCUCUCAUACCGUCCACUGCGUGAGUUAUUGACAGUGCAAAGGAAUCAGUGGACGUUGAGUAGCCACAUAAUCUGGAUUAUUGCUGUUACAUGGACACUUUCAAGACAGUCGCUUAGGAUCCCAACCCUUAUCUCUGAGUCUGACUCUGCCCCCUAAAGUGCUGUGUAAGGAAUUACUAAUGAUGCAAAGUCUUGUUGCUACAGUACUGAAACUGUAAUAGUGGGGAAAAAACUGCUCUUAAAAAGAAACGCAAGUUAAUGUAGUGUAACGGGAUUAAGAUUACGUGAAUUUCUUUAUUUUGUUUCUGCUAUUGGAUUUGAUUAACCUAAAUAGUGUAUAGGCUAAUGUUAUAGCUUUCAAGUGUAUUUUUGUAUGUGCUGCUUUGGCAGCAAACUCAUUAGGGCAGACGAUGGCUUACUGUAGCUGGCAUUACUCCUUGCGCUUACCACCGAGUAGGAAAAAGACUUGACACCCUCAGUGGAAAUGAGGGCUCUGUGAAGAAGCAUGUGAUGGCUGAUUUGAUUCUUUGACAGUGGUAAGAGGGUACCAGGUCUAUUUCUGUUUGAUACAAUCUUCCAGUCUGUCGGACUGAUAUUGCAUAGUCACUGUGCAGUGUUCCCUGUGAGUGUGUUUGUAGUCAACAGGUUCUCCGUCCUCUGAAUAGACACAGAUAUUAUUGUCUAGUAAUAGACAGCUAAUUAGGUAGAGCCUUUGUAGUUCCAAAAACAAAUCCAGAAUGUUCCUUUAACAUUACGCUUCAGUUUCAAGUUUAUGUCUCGGGAACUAGCAUAUGUGUCAUAUCAAUAGCUGCAGUAUUGCAGUACUCCACCCAAUCCCCCCCUCCCCCCCCCCCCUUCACACUCUACACACCUGUGAAAAACUUUGGCAAUGGCAGCUUUGGCAGGGCCAUCCCUCUGCUCCUAAAGGUUCCAUCUCCCAGUGAAGAUUCCGUCUCUCUUUGAGCCAAGGGUUCCGUCUGGCCCCUGCCGAUUCCGUCUGACUUCACUUCCAGGCCAUUCCCAAUCCCAUUCCGAUUCCCAUCCCCUCAGGCUCCCCCCAGCAGCUCCGAGAUGCUCAACCCUGAGCAGCUGGAGCCCUUUAAUGCGUGGACCAGAGAUGGCACGUGGCCAUGGAGCGUUGACAUGGGGAAAGACCCCGCUCAUAAUUCACAUCCAGCGCAAAAAGGGCUCCGCUGAAACCAAGCACAGGGUGCAGAGUUGAAAAGAAAACAAAAAACAGCUUUUCAUCUGGUUUGGCCAUGUACAACAGUUUGGCUUUAUUGUGAAAGCUUGUGUUAAUUCUGGGCUUUUGGAAGGUUUUUUUUUGUAACAUUUGCUUGGAAUAUGUCAUUCUCUGUUGCUUCAGUUUUUUUGCUUUAACAAUGCUGGACGAUUUUGUCAAGUUAUUAAAAUUUGUUAUAGAUUUGUGCUCUAUCAGUGCUUGUAACGGACACAAUCGAUUCACAGAAAAUCUGAGUUUUGAAAUUUGUCAUGGCAAAGGGACAGUGAAAUGAUAUAUGCUUGUCUUUAUGUUGUUGCUUUUUUGUCAUUUGUUUUGACUUCUUAAAACUCUGUUAAAAAUCAGUUAACAUGAAAUGAGUUCAGCUCAGAUUUGGUCAGAUGUUGUUGAUGUUUGAUGCCCAACAGUAGGUUUAUAGAAUAGAAUAUGAUCAUGCCAGGGUAGACUUUUCCUCCUGCAAUGGUUAAAUGUGACUUAGAUGUACCUGCUGAAGUUGAAGCCCCUCCAGCCCUGCUGGAAAUAUCUAAGCAAUCACAGUGUCCAUUCUCUCUGGCCAUCCUAAAGGGGGAGGAUUGGGUAUGAUUGGGUGUCUUGUUAAUGCUUGGCUUGUUCCGCAAACAUUUUUUUUUCUAAAAAUGUUUUUUAAUUUCAGCAUACAUAAAUAAAAUGUAAUGAUUCUGA